ACACUAUUGUUUGAAACAAUUCCUAAACAAUUGUUAAUUUUUAAAACACUUUAUAUGUAAACAAGUACGGGUUUUGUGAAUAGGAAUCCAAAGACUUACAUAAUAUUAUAGGAAAUUCGUUAUCGUUGAUAAAGAAUUGUAAAUUGUUAUCAGUUGAUAAUUAAAUCGCAUGGACGAAGCAGGACAUAGUGUUUUGUUGAAGUUCCUCGGACGAAGCCCAAAAAUGUCCGACGGAAUAUCAUCACAAGUACCAGGCGAACAGAAGCUCCGUGGGGCUACCGAGAGCGAGACAGACGAACAGAAAGAGAUGACAUCAUUUCACUAUGAUCCCGUUCUUACAGUCACUACAGAAGAAACAUCCUUCAACAAUGGUGGCAUGAGAGUGCAAAAGAUUACAGUGUCAGAAGACAUAUCGGAUAGCAAAUCUGGUGUAGAAAUCCAUCGCUCUUUGGAAGUUACAAAGGGCGAGGAGAAGAUGCCAGGUGUAAAUCAAGAUACGGCAAUAAGUGACGAUAGCAGCAGUAUUUCAAAACAACAGCAACAACAAGAUAAACCGCAAGAUGAGAAAAAGCCUCGAACAAGAAUACCAAUGCAUAACUUCAGGCGCAUCGUGAGAAAGGCCACUGAAGAUAUAAAUUUAUCGCAUCAAACUGUACGGGAGAUUUCCAGAAUUCAAAAAAAUAAAUCAUCAAUACCCCGAUUUAAAGAUGAAAGAAUCACACCCUCAAUCAAUAUACAAAAGCAAGAAACAGAGACGCCAAGAACUGACGAAGAAUUCGACAAAAUAUUCGAAGAAGUAGUAAUAAAUCAAAAAAGUGUUGACAGUCCACCAUUGUUCAAAGAUCCAAAGACACUUGAGACAAAAUUUGAGGAAAUAAUCCACGCAUAUGAUGAAAAUGAAAGCAAACCAAUAAAAAUUGAGAAAACUGUACUUACUAAGAUACCUUUGUUAAAACGGAAAAGUGAGUGUGAAAUGGAUGUUCCAGUACAGAAUGCAAAAAACUCUGUUAAAUCAUCAACAGAACUUGCUCCAAAAAGUUUAACAACAAUUCAGGUAAGCGAGACUAAAGCUAGUGCAAAAACAUUGACUAAAAACUUGUUUGAAAAAAAUGAACAGAAUGCUCAUAUUGACGUCGAGUGUAACACUGUAAGUAAUGUAGAACUCUUAACCACAGAAUCCCACCAGAAAUAUUGUAAUCAAUUUACAAAUAUGAAUCAUGAACUGAUACAAAGUGAUACAAUAAAAAAAUUCAAAGAACAUGACAAUGACAAACAAAGUGAUAAUGGGGAUAUUACAUUUGAUAAGUCAUCCAAAGAUUUAUAUGCAUCUACGAGUAUAAUCAAAGAAGAUGACAGCGACAUAAUAGAUUCCAAUGCUUCACUGAAAACAAAAGAAAAUUCUGCAGUGUGUACUGUUGUCAACAAACUAGAAGAAACAUCCUUGACAAACAACAGAUAUGAAACAACAAGUAUUGAAGAUGAAGCUGAUAUAGUAGAAAAAGAAACAGUGUUAGUUGAAAAACCAGUAUUUGACAACAUUUGUGACAAACUGCAAGAUAACUAUAAUAGAAAAGAAGAGAAGUUAAGCAAAGGAGAUGAAACUGUUCAAACUGCAAUAGCCAAUGUUGUAGACGUAGCUAAUGUACAAAGUUUACAAGAAAAUACAUGUAGAUACGAUACUAAAAUUGAUUCAAAUGUAACUAUUUUAGAAGAAUCAACAAGUGUACCUGAAAGUACACUAGCGGUGAAUUUAGUAGAAUAUGCUACCUCUAAUGAUCCUAAAGAAAUUGGACAGCAAAAAAAUAAGAAUAUAAAAGAAGAUAAUAUUCAUUCUAAUUCUGAUGAUGUCAAUAGUAAUUUUGAAAGUAUCAAUAAAACUUUAGAGAUCAAUGAAAAUAAAAUGAGGAACAAAACAUUAGCAAAUGCGAACAUUAAAAACAAAUUGAAUUUUGGAGAACCUAUGCACACCACACUUUCUCGCGUUGAUGUUAUAUCUCAGAAUAGCACUGAUGACGGCGAAAUAAAUAUAGAAAACUUAAAGAUCUCGAACAAUACAGCUAUACUUGCAAAAGAACCGAAUGUUAAUAAUAAAGCUGCUGAAAAUUUAAAUCAAUGUCUUUUGUCUGAAUCUAUUAGUUCUGAAAUUAAUAAUAAAACCAAUACAACAAGAAUUAAUAUAACCGUAAUAUCUGAUGUUGAGAGUGUAAAUAACAUGGAAGAGAGACAAACUUCGUCUUUUAAAAAUGAAAGACAUAUGAAACAAAAACCGAAAUUAGACAAAAGCAUGAUCAAAGAAAUUUUGAACUCCGACUUAAAAGAAGAAGACAUUUUAAUCAUAAAAGGCAAAGUAAAUAGAAUUAAAAGCAGAUUGGAUUCGAGGGACGAUAGUCUAAAUCUAAAUAAAGAAAUAGUAAACGAAGUUCCUAAGAAACUUGUUGUAUCGAAAAUAGCUAUGUUUGAGAAAAUAGAUCUCAAAGAUGAUGUAAAAAAUAAAUGUCGAGAUUCCUUCAGUAGAAUAGAUAGAGAUAAGCCAAGAAUUGUGGAUGAAAUUAGGAAACCGCAAAUAACUUCAAAAUUUGCAGCAGUAACCAAAUUCCCUGACCAAAAAACAAUUAAUUAUCCAGCCAUUAAAUCUUCAAAAUAUGAAACUUUACCAGCUGUUAAUAAAAUAAUGGGAUAUAAUGAAAAUACUAUAUCAAUAGGGCUUUGCAGUAAAGAUAUAAAAUUUUCUAAAAUUAUUGGUGAUUCAUUCGAUGAAGAAUUAAAAUUAACCAAUAGCGCUAUACUUUCCCGAUUGGAAAGUAGAGAUGUACUAGAGAAUACAAAAAGUACCAACGUAAAAAUCAAUGAAAAUGUAGUUUACUCUCAAGAUUUCCAAGAAGAUAAUGAGAAUAAUGGUGUUAAAAUUAGAAGUGUUAAAAAAAUAAAAAAAAGGGAUAUGAGGAGGGGUUUAUCGUACACAACUAGUGAAGUGAAUAAAAGAACUGUAAUGCGUAGAGCUAUGUCAUGUGGAGGUAAUGAAAGUGAUGCCAAGAAAAACGUGAAGAAUCUAGUUGUGGAAAUGGUUUCACUGGAGCGUAUGGAUUUGGAAAGGAAAGGUAUUAUUGAUGUUAGAGAGAUACCAAAGCAAGGCUCGGUGUCCGAGAAGAUUGCUCUUUUUGAGAAUAAGCUAACCCCAAAUAAAAUAGAAGGAACUGGCCAAGCUAAGCCUGGAAAGUCAAAUAUUGAAGAAAACAGGAUGACUGAAGACGAGCUAACACAGAAAGUGGCAGAGCUUACAGGCGCCCGGAGACGUUUCGGAAGACGAACUGAUAUGAAGUUUAUAGAACUGCCAGAUGGAGGGAAGAUGCCAGCUAUAGGUCUUGGAACUGCAUUGCUUAGCAAAGAACUUACAAAACAUAUUGUAAGUGCUGCCAUAGACCUCGGCUAUCGCACCAUAGACACAGGGUAUAUUUACGGAAAUGAAAAAGAAAUAGGUGAAGCGAUCAAUGAAAAGAUAAAGGAUGGAACGGUGAAGCGCGAAGAUUUGUUUAUAAUAUCGAAGCUGUGGAGCACAUUCCAUCGUAAGGAUCUGGUGGAGAAGGCAUGCAAGAUGUCCCUCAAGGCGAUGGGAGUCGAGUACUUUGAUCUGUACAUGAUACACAAUCCAAUGUCUUUUAAGGAAGGCAACGACCCGUUACCGAAAAUCGCAGGAGUGCUUCAGUACUCUGAAUCCGAUUAUUUAGACGCAUGGUACGGGCUUGAACACCUCAUCAAAAAGGGGUACGUGAAGCGCGGAGGAGUCAGCAACUUCAACUCGGCACAACUCGAUAGAGUUAUUGAUAAAGGAAGGAUCAAGCCCGUUGUCAACCAGGUGGAAUGUCACCCUUACUUGACCCAGCAUCGUCUGCGGGAGUUCUGCGAGAGUCGCUGUGUCAAGUUGAGCACUUAUGGCGUGCUGGGGUCCAAAGGGACGCCAGUUGAGCUGAAGAGCGGUCUACCGCCAGUCAUUGAUGAUGCUAUGGUGGUGGUGAUGGCUGCCGGGCUCAAUGUAACACCAGCACAGCUGCUCAUAAGCUACCAGCUGCACUCAGAACACAGCGUGGUUGUGAAGUCAACCUCAGCAGCUCAUCUGUGGAGCAACCUUCAGUCUUUGGACGUGAAGCUGGACCCCAGCCACAUUGCCGCGCUGAACGCCCUCAACAGAAACAAGAGAAACUUCACUUUCAUUGGGAUGGGCGAUACACACAGGAACUAUCCAUUUAGAAUUCCAUUUUAAGUUCGACCUGUGGUAGUUAACGCUUAUUUUCUAAACCAAUAGCACUAUAAUAUGGACAGUUCACAUUAACUGUCAACUGUAUUAGUUAACGAGGCGAGAAGCGAAUAGAGCUAGAAAGUAAAAACGACUUAGCGAGACUUUGCAGCAAGAAGCGAUACUUUAACGAGAGUAUUUUACCAGAAGAAGUGUUGUAACGAGGAGUACGUGUAGCUAGCUGGUGAUUAGCGACACGCAGAAUUUGGCACAUUGCUUGACGGGGUUUCUGUGUGUCUUGUGUGUUGCAUCCUGGGCUAAGAACCCUCUCACUACCAGUGUACGAGCGUGACGGCCGAUUACUCGUGCUAUAUGAGAAAAUAACUGGUACUAGUCUCUCGGUGUGUAUUUCUGACAACCCAGCGAGUGUUAUCUCUGAUAGCUCUUCUUGGAGUCCUCGUCGGGCAGUGUCAAACGACAGCGAUGAACUAUCUACAUAUAUCUUUUAUUCACUAUAUUAAUUGUCUAUGUAUAUUUAUUGUACCUUUCUUGAUCGAGAAGAUAGUUGCCAAAGACUAUAAGAUUCAUUUAUUAAGUUUAUUAAACAAAAAUACAAUAAAAGAAGAAUAUUUAAAUCAU